CAAUUCUCCGCUCACUCGUUGUCGAAGUCCCCAGCUUCAGCUUCAGCUGUGUCUGUACGUGCAGUGAGUGCAGAAAAACUGGAGUCUGGCGGUCGUCGUGUAUCUCUGACGGUCCGUGCCGUCCCGGGGGCUGCUAACAGGAGAAGAGGCGGGGCUCAACAGCAAGCCGCCGUGCUACUACAACCACCACCUCAGACGACGUACCUCCUGCAGCCUGCUCCCUUCCCCGUCUACCAGCCUCUUCAGCUGUCUGGCGCCCAGUUCCCCGUCUCGUGGGCCCUCCCUCAGUACAUUCCACAACCACAGCUCUCACUUCAACAGACUCAGCAAACUGGGCUGAAGAGAGAAGUUGGUGAGGGUGUGAGGAGGAGACGGAGAAAGGGUGUGGAGAGGGAGGUGGGGGAGGGUAUUGUGGACUGUGUACUCCCUGAUCUAGUCAGAGAGAUUGUCAAUGAAACCAUCAGUGACAUUGUCUUCAGUUACCUAAGUCACCAGCAGUCUGCAAAGCACGCAAUCCCGAAGCCACACCCACCAAGUAUGCUCCACCCAAUCACAUCACUUCUACCUCCAUUACCAUGCCGACCAAGUACUCAGCCUUCUGACCUAUAUCGCCAUGGAAACAAGACUGUGAUUGGUCCACGAAUGCCACACCCACUGCUUCACCUCAUCACACACAACAACACAGAACACGAGAUGUGCAAUGCUGUGGCAACUUUUCUGUUGGAACAAAUGACAUUCCAAUUGCUCCUGACAUCAGAUCUCGAUGGUGGGGUAACCAUGGCAACCCGGAUACACUCCAAACACAUUUUGACAGAUAUGAUCUUCAACGAGCUGCUGGUGAAAUUAAUUAACACAGACUCCACCCACUCUAACUGAAUCACUGGUCAUGUAUUAUAUUGACAUCAUCUAUGACAUCUCCCAGAAUGAUAGUUGCCAUGAGAACUGAUUGAAGUAUAUAACAAUGGGGUGUGGCUAUGAGUCAGAGUCCGACAAGUCGCUGAAGUCACCUUCGGAUUCCGUUUCCUCGAACGCCUCCUCUUCCUCCUCCU